GGUUUUAUUGGGUAAAAGGAACAAGGCGGACACCUCAAGUUGAAAAUCAAAUCGAGCUACUUGUCAUCAACAACAGGAUAUCACGAUAAAAGAUUCUUCGAAGGAUGAGCUUCUUAAUGCGACGGUACCAAGCUUAUUCAACAACCUUAGCUAGUUGUUUCACCAUGUCUCUGGAGAUACAAUCGAUGUUGUGGAUUUUUUUUGAACAGUCAUAUUGAGGAAAAAAUGGAGCUAAGUUUCCAGGAACUGUUACAUUGGCAAACUCUUUGACAAUAGAAUAUUCAUAUUGGCGAAUUGGCAGUGUCAUUCUGAUGGUAUCGAGGAAAAUACACAACUAGGCCACCACCCAACAGUGAUACACUAGCAAUUUCUGUAAGUAAUGGCAGAGAUCGUGAUUCUUCUAGCCAUUAAAAAGAUCGGAAAUGCCUUGGCAAAUGGAGCGGCAGACCAGACCAGCACUCAGUUUGCGAAGUACCGCAUGCAACUAAAGGAGUUACAGGGCAACAUGGGUCGCGCUGCGAGAGAGCUUCGUGUAAUGCAUGAUGUUCUUUAUCAAAUGGACAUUCGAAACUGUGAUGAUCAAGUAUACGAGGGCUGGUUGGAGGAGGUAAGGAAGGUAGCACAUGUGAUGGAGGACAUGGUGGAUGAGUACUUGUAUCUAGUUGGCCGGCAACAGGAUACAAGGUGUUGCUUUUACCUGAAGAAAGGGUUCAGAAAACCAAGAUCUCUGCUUUCUUUGAAUCAAAUAGCUUUCAAGGUGAAGGAAAUAGAGCAAGACCUUGCACACCUAUCAGAGACCAAAAAAAGAUGGGUUCCGAUGAUAAACAACGGGGAUACUAGCAGCUCAAAAUACAUCGUCAAGAGAUCCCAAGAUCUAGCAAAUAUUUCACGUUCCCUUGACGAAGAAGAUCUAGUGGGGGUGGAUAAAAACAGAGAAAAACUAGAGCAGUGGUUGGCAUGUGAUGAUUUGGAAUGCUCUGUCAUAGCCUUGCUUGGAAUGGGAGGGCUUGGUAAAACAUCUCUAGCUGCAAAUGUCUACAGGAAGGAGAGAGAUAAAUUCCAGUGCCAUGCAUGGGUCUCCAUCUCACAAAAUUAUUCAAGAGAAGAUGUCUUGAGGAAUAUAAUCAAGGAACUUUUUAGAGAUAAAGUCAAUGUCGUAUCUAAUACUGCGACCAUGGACAUCACAUGCCUUGAAGUGACACUGAAGAGAUUUUUGGAGCAACAGAGGUAUCUGAUCAUAUUGGAUGACGUUUGGACUCCAGAAGCAUUUGAUGACUUGUCUAGGGUGCUUAUUCAUAAUGACAAGGGUAGUAGAUUGAUAAUCACAACAAGGGAAGGCGAUGUUGCUGCACUUGCCUCCCGAGGACAUAUCUUAACACUAGAAGCUUUACCAGAAGAACUAGCUUGGGAUCUCUUUUGUAAGAAAGCCUAUCCAAGAGAUACAAAUCAUGAAUGUCCUGCAGAGUUGAAGCCAUUGUCCAGGGAAAUAGUUAACAAGUGCAAAGGCUUGCCUCUGGUUAUUGUGUCAGUUGGUAGCCUAUUGCGUGUGCGUGAGAAAACUAUAGAUGAAUGGAGAAGGAUAAAUGACCAAUUGAGCUGGGAGUUAAUUAAUAAUUCGAGGCUUGGUCACAUAAGGAAUGUUUUGCAUUUGAGCUUCAUCUACCUUCCAACACACUUGAAAAGUUGUUUCCUGUAUUGCAGCUUAUUUCCAGAAGACUAUCUUUUCAAACGGAAAAGGCUUGUACGGUUAUGGAUAGCAGAGGGGUUCAUCGAGGAGAGGGGUGAAAGCACUCUAGAAGAAGUGGCCGAAGGCUAUCUGAAGGAAUUGAUUGAUAGAAAUAUGAUACAACUUGUUGAGAGAAACUCAUUUGGCAGGAUAAAAGAAUUCAGAAUGCACGAUAUCUUACGUGAAUUGGCAGUUCAUCUAUGCCAGAAGGACUGCUUUGGUGUUACAUAUGAGGAUAAAUGUGGGAAAUCUCUUGAGAUGGAUGUACGUCGGCGGGUACUGCAUAAAGUAACGAAGGAUAUUUAUCAGACAUUAUCUGGUAUGCACCGAUUUAGAACUGUCAUUACAGUGGACAACAGCAUGCCAACGUUCACUAUACUACCUCUGCUUUGUAACAAGUCAAGAUAUAUGACAAUGUUAGAAUUUAGUGGUCUACCCAUUGAGAAGAUCCCAGAUGCUAUCGGAGAUCUUUUCAAUCUCCGCCAUUUGGGUCUACGAAAUUCAAAAGUGAAGAUGCUUCCAAUGUCUGUUGACAAGCUUUCAAAUCUGUUGACACUGGACCUUGCUAGAUCUGACAUACAUGAGGUGCCUAGUGGGAUUGUGAAAUUGAAGAAGCUUAGGCACUUAUUUGUCGAGAAAAAAAUUGAUCCAAAUUGGAGAGCAUUUAAGUGUUCCAGUGGUGUGCAUAUCGCCAGUGGUCUUGGAAAUCUGACAAACCUGCAGAUGCUCCGAGCAUUGGAAGCACAUGACGGAUCUAUUAGACAUUUAGGUGAGCUGAGGCAACUGAGAAGCUUGAGGUUGUGGAAUGUGAAGGGACUCUACUGUGGGCGCAUUAGGGACUCUCUAGUUCAGAUGCGGUAUUUGUCCAACCUUUCUGUGAGCGCAAGUGAUGAGAAUGAGGUUCUCUUGUUGAAUAUCCUGCCAAACCUACGAAAGCUAGUUUUGAGAGGACGACUGGCGGAAGGGGCGUUGAAUGAGUCUCUUCUCUUCCAACCUGUUGGGGAGCACAACUUGUAUAGACUGUCUCUAUCUUGGUCACAACUGAGGGGAGACCCUUUGCCAUCGCUUUCUCGGUUGUCUAAUUUGACGCAAAUACAUUUCACCAGAGCAUACAACGAAGAGCAUCUAGCAUUUCUCACGGGGUGGUUUCCCAAGCUGAAGACUCUUCAGUUGAGAGACCUGCCUAAUCUGAAGCAGCUAGAGAUACAACAAGGUGCCAUGGCAAGCCUGGAAAGAUUAUUCUUAAUCAACCUCAACAGCAUGAUGGAUGUCCCACCUGGCAUUGAGUUCCUCAUGCCCCUCCAGCGUCUCGGCUUCCACGAAAUCACAAGUGAUUUCUUGCUGCUGUUGCGCCAAUGUUCUGCAAUUCAAGGGACACAGUGGCAGCAUUCUCUCCGAGAAUGA